AUGAGCAAGAAGGAAGCUGAAAGGUCUUCUGAUGUUGUCACUGGUAACUUUUCUAUUCAUUCUAUUUCUGUUAAAGCUUUGUUUGAUUCUGGAGCCACCUAUUCUUUUAUUUCUAGUUCUGUUGUGAAACAAUUAGGACUAGUUGAAUCGAACUCAAUUGACUUGCCUAUUAGUCUACCUACUGGCGAAUUUGUGAGGUGCACCAAGAUGCAUAAGGGUUUACCUUUAAGUAUUGGAGAAAUUGAUUUUCCAUCCGAUCUUAUAGAAUUUGAGUUGGGUGACCUUGAUGUUAUCUUGGGAAUAGAUUGGUUGGCUACUUAUAAAGGUAAGAUUGAUUGUGAGAUACAGAAGGUUUAUUUAAGGAGUCUUAUGGGAAAGAUUGUAUCUUACAGACGUUUUGGGAAACCAAAAGACUUAGAAAUGAGAAUUAAGGUGAAAGUGGAAGAUGUGCCAAUUGUGAAUGAGUUUUUGGAUGUAUUUCCAAAAGAGAUUUCUGGUAUGCCACCAAAAAGGGAAGUGGAGUUUACAAUUGAUUUGGUUCCUGGAACGACAUCGAUUUCUAAGGCACCAUAUAGAAUGGCACCUGCUGAGAUGGGAGAUUAUGCCUUUUGGGUUAACCAAUGCACCUGCAAUUUUAUGGAUUUGAUGAAUCGAGUAUUUCAUGAGUAUUUGGAUAAGUUUGUGGUUGUUUUUAUUGAUGAUAUUUUGGUAUACUCGAAAAGUGAGGAAGAACAUAAUGAGCAUUUGAGGGCUGUGCUGAGAACUCUUAGAGACAAUAAGUUAUAUGCUAAUAAGUUUUCGAAGUGCGAAUUCUGGUUAAAAAAGGUUGCAUUUUUAGGACAUUAUGUGUCUAAAGAAGGUGUUUUUGUGGAUCCAACAAAGGUUCAAGCAGUGAUUGAGUGGCCUACGCCUAAGAAUGUGUCUGACAUAAGGAGUAUCUUAGGACUAGCUGGCUAUUACAGAAGGUUUGUGAAGGACUUUUCGAAGAUUGCUAGACCCUUAACUACUUUGAUGAAGAAGGAAAGAAGUGAUGGGUUUGAAGUAUAUAGUGAUGCUUCGAAGAAUGGAUUAGGGUGUGUGUUGCAACAAAAUGGGAAGGUAAUAGCUUAUGCUUCUCGCCAACUCAAAUCUCAUGAAGUUAACUACCCUACACAUGAUCUUGAGCUUGCGACUAUAGUGUUUGCAUUGAAGAUUUGGAGGCAUUAUUUGUAUGGAUACCAUGAAGGUAAAGCAAAUGUUGUUGCAGAUGCCUUGAGUAGGAAAUCAAGUCAUGGUGUGAAUGCUUUAAUCGUGCCUGACAAGUUAUGUGAAGAUAUGAAGCGUUUGAACUUGGAGGUUGUGAACUAUGGUGAAGUAGGAGCAAGGUUGAGUGCUCUUUCACUUGGGAAUUCAUUGUUGGAUGAAAUAAAAGAGAGUCAGAAAGGUGAUGAAGGAAUCCAAUCAAUUAAGGAGAAAAUGAGCCAAGGGAAAAAUGUAGAUUUCAAGAUCCAUCAUGAUGGAAGUUUGAGUUGCAAAGAAAGAUGGUGUAUACCAGAAAAGUGUGAGGAUUUAAAGAGAAAAAAUCAUGGAAGAAAGCCACAAUACUCCAUAUUUUGUGCACCCAGGAGGGGACAAGUUGUACAAGGACUUGAAAGAGUUGUAUUGGUGGCCAAACAUUAA